UGAUAACAAGGCCUGUGGCGACGUGAACAGUUAUACCCCGCUACGUAAACAGUAAUCAUCACAAUAGACAAUCGAUCUCUCUCACAACACGGGGUGUUGUUCAUCACACGAGCAGAAAAUGGCAGACACAGCAGAGCACAUGCCUUUGCUUCCUGUUCGAGAAACUUUCAAAAAUACUUUCAACAAAAUAUACUCUGGGUUAAAAGAUCUCAAGGACUAUAUACCGGAGGACGCCAUCCGGUCUUACACGGAAGUGACGUCACAGCUGAAGGCGCUAGAGGAACAUGUGAAAGAUCUGGUGGUACAGAGAGGGUCGUCGGUAUCCGAAAUAUCUCUUGUGAACCAAGCAGAUCUCCCCGAGGAGAAAUGGGAGCCCCUGGGUCAAGGUUGUUUCGGGGCGGUGUUCAAAGUCCGCUACCAGGGUAGUGAUUCAGCCAUCAAAAUAUUCACAACAGACGCGAGUUCCAAACUGAGGGAGAUGGAUGCUGAGACCAACCUUCUCAGAGGCCUCAGUCACGACAACAUCAUCGCCUACAGAGGGACCGGAUACGUAACUACGGAGAGACUUAAGGAACUAACUCAGGACAACCUUGAACUAGAUGAUUGUGGGGACUCUAUGCGGUUCAUUAUCAUGGAGUACAUCGAGAAAAACCUGGACACUUAUGUUGAGCGGAGCAAAACACCCGAUGCACCGGGGUUGACAGUUCAAGAAACAUGGAUAAUUGGACAGAAGAUCGCCAGUGCCUUGAAUUAUCUCCAUGGUAAGGGAAUUGUUCACAGAGAUCUGAAGCCGGACAACAUACUGUACGACUCAGGAAAACGCAUUGUGAAGGUAGCUGACUUUGGCUUGGCUUGGAGGAACGACUUCGUCAACACCAAGUAUGUGUUCGGAUCAACCGGUUCUCAGCGGGGGUUGAGUCUCAGCUCAAAAAAGUCCCCGGCAGGAUCUACGCGGACGUACAAGCAUCUCCGAUGGGGCCCGCCUGAAUUGUUCGACGAGGAUUCAAUAAAAGAUGUCCCAGCCCUUGACCGCUACAAGAGAGGAGACAUUUGGUGCUACGGGAUGAUCAUGGCGUUUCUCAUUACUGGACAGAAACCCUUCGCCAACCUGGUAACGGAUGACAUUGAUAGAGAGGAGCUGGAAGGAAUUGGGGUGACUCCGGUUCGCCUUCCCCAGAACCUUCAGCCCGAGCUGAGGGUCAUUGUGGAGAGUUGCAGACAGGUCAAGGCCGAGGACAGACCGACUGCACAGAUGUUGCUUGGAAAGUAUGACAAAGAAAUGAAAGAAACGUUUUUGAAGGCGCCCGAAGAGCAGGAAUUCUUCACGUGUGCCUUCAUGCACAAGACUGACAUCUUCGUUGCUGAUUCUUGUGUUUCUGAGCGCACUGAAGGAUUUUUCAAGACCAGGAUUCGACCACAAGGAUACGACCACUCGUUCCUUCUGUGUCCUGUGCAGACCGAGGAUGCUCCUUAUCACCCGACUCCCCCAUCAGAUGAAUGGGACUUCUUUAUGGCAUACAACGAUAGUCUUGCUCAGUUCAAAGGGAAGGCCAAGAGGAAGGAGAUCGAUGACAAUCCAUUUGUAUCCCUGAAGUGGCUGACCAUUGCCAGACCAGGCGCCGAGGAAAUACAGCACCUGGAACUCAGAUACGUCCAGUCAACCUACUGCCACCACCGAGCCAUGAGGGAGAUUUGGAUGAAGGAACUGACCCCAACGGAACGCCAUGUCGAGGUGCCCUGCAAGGCGAUUGUUCAUCCGUUCUACAGCACGUCCUUUGGGCUCCAUGUGGCUAUUCUGACCAAUGAGGGGCCGGGCGAAUACCAGAAGUUCAUUUUCUGUCGCAGGGCAAGACGUGCAGGUGUCUCAAGCCCCGGUGUUCUCACAUGCGGGGCUGUCGAGAGUUGCUCAAUUAACGAUUUCGUUGAUGCAUCCGAAGGUGGUGGUAAACGGGUUGAUUUGGUCAAAACUGCCGCAAGAGGUCUCCACGAGGAACUAGGUCUGGAACUGACCGGAAAUGACCUCGAGGCCAUUACCCUAAAUACCGUAUACCUCAAGUUUGACACUCACGAAUGGGGGAUGUGUGGAUUUGUGGAUCUCACCGAUGAGCGAAUCAGCGGGGGUCACAGAAUAAGCGCCCAAAACCUGGAAGCCAGAUUCCUUGGUGGAGCCAAGGACAAAUUUGAACAUGAUGCCAUUGUAAAAAUUGAAUUCAAACUGGACACUAUGGUGGAUUUCGUCUUCGAGAAACACCAUGAAUUUGCCAGUUCCGCGAAGCUUGUAGUUGUGAAGGUUCUUCAGGCGUUUUUUGGCGUGGAUGCUGUCCAGCGAGCAUUUGAGUUGAAGGGGGAGUAAAACAUCGUCAGAUGUUUUAUGUAAUGUGAUAGUCACGUGGACUAGUGAAAUUAGUUCCGAUAUAGAAUCCUCCAAACGCUGGCCAAGAUAAUCUAUAGGAUUGAGGUGAAUCGAGUGCGUUAACCCAUUGUCUCCGGCAGUAUUAUAUCAACGGUUUGGGGGUUAAUUGCUCUUUUCGGUCAGACAAAAUGUCAUUACCUUAGGCAAGCAUUACAUGUACAUAUAUGUCCCUGGCAAACAUUUGUACCUGAAGAAGCACCGAUAGCCUAUUUCGAGGACAUUAUUAACACAGGACACACUUUUUCUGCAACCUUUCGUGCCUAUUCUCCAUUAACAAAGACGUGAUAAUUGAAUAUCAAGAACUGUUUCCUGUAUAUCAUUAUGAUUAUGAAAUUAACAAAACAAAAGUGUGCUUCAUUAGAAAUCCAUAUGCAUUAUGUUACGAUCAAGUUGUUUAUAACGUGCAGACGCGUGCGUCGUACCAUCCUUCACACCUUAAAUAGACGUCAGCGCGAUUAAGUUGAUACCAGCUGUUUACUUCAAACAGUCCACUUGUAAACAACAGUCUAAGUGUAUUUGCUCUUAGUUAUAUAGAAACGAGAACAAAUGUCAAUGUAUUUCUCUGUACAUUGUAUCAAUGUUAACAGUCUGGCAAAAGAAAGUGUACAAUUAAAAAUUGGAUUUGACUAUAAAAUUACAAACGUAGUUAAAGCGUUGUUAAAGCGUUCGCUCGUCGCCGAACUAUUUGUUUAAUUCCCCACAUGGGCAUGUACAAUGCGUGAAACCUAUUUCUGGCGUUCCCUGCCGUGAUUUUGCUAACAAAACAAGUGAAAAUGACUUUUUAAAUAAAUUCUGUGAAAAUCUAUAUUUUGCAAACUAUUCCAGGCACACGCUAAUGCAAUGCGCCCUAAAUAUAAUUUUGUAUUUUGACAUUUUGUAUUUGUAUGGGUUCGAAUCCCAGAUACGAUCCGUUCAUGAGUUGUCAGCACCACGCCCGUGCUUGUGGUUAUCACCAAAGUAAUCAACGUCAACGCUCUCGUCACUUCAGGCUUUCCUUCCAUAUGAUCAUCCACAAUCAUAGGAUUCUGGCACGUAUAAGGGGCGCAACUUGCACUGUGACUAGCGGCGCCUCAGAUGACUGGGUGCCAUCUACUGAAUAUUUCUACACGAUUACACUGAAAUAAUGCAAUCAAAAUUCGAUUUAGUAAUAUCAAAGUUCUAUUUUAUAUAUAUUUUAAUCGACAUUGUGAUAUUAUGUAUUCAUUUUUACUGUGUAUUAGGUAUCAGCAUAGUC